AUGGAAUAGUGAAGGAGAAGAGUGAAGUGUCCCUCCAAAACAGAAGGGAGAAAAGGGAUAACACAUAACAUGAGGUCCUCUUUUGUCCACCCAAAUCAGAUAGAUAACACAAACAAAUACACAUUCGCAAACCCUUCCUUCUUCUAUCCUCUUCUCUUUAGUCUUCACUCACUCACAACGCAAACUCUCAUUCUUCAAUUCUUUGCAACGCCCAAUGGCUAUUUCAAUUUCUUCUUCAGCAGCUUCAAAGCUCACAUACCCUAACAACCCCUAUGCAUCUUCCUCUCUCUCCCCCUCACACUCUUCCAAUUCCCUUUUUCUCAAACCCCACACACACUCCACAACCCACCUCUCUUCUUCCUUCAUAAACCCCUCCACAAUCCUCCACCUCACCCCCACGCCCUCCGCCGCCACCACUCUCCGCCGCUCCCUCACCGUACGCGCCGCCCGGGGCAAGUUCGAGCGCAAGAAGCCCCAUGUCAACAUCGGCACCAUCGGCCAUGUCGACCACGGCAAAACCACCCUCACCGCCGCCCUCACCAUGGCCCUCGCCUCCCUCGGCAACAGCGCCCCCAAAAAAUACGACGAAAUCGACGCCGCUCCCGAAGAACGUGCUCGUGGCAUCACCAUCAACACCGCCACCGUAGAAUAUGAAACCGAGAACCGCCACUACGCCCACGUCGACUGUCCCGGCCACGCCGACUACGUUAAAAACAUGAUCACCGGCGCCGCCCAGAUGGACGGCGCCAUCCUCGUUGUCUCCGGCGCCGACGGCCCCAUGCCCCAAACCAAAGAACACAUUCUCCUCGCCAAACAAGUGGGUGUCCCCAACAUGGUCGUGUUCCUCAACAAACAGGACCAGGUCGAUGACGAGGAGCUUUUGCAACUCGUUGAAUUGGAGGUUCGUGAGCUUCUCUCCUCUUAUGAAUUUCCCGGCGAUGAUGUUCCCAUUAUUUCUGGUUCCGCUUUGUUGGCUUUGGAAGCUUUGAUGGCUAACCCUGCAAUCAAGCGUGGUGAAAACCAAUGGGUUGAUAAAAUUUACGAGCUUAUGGAUGCUGUGGAUAGCUACAUUCCCAUUCCUCAGCGCCAAACGGAUCUUCCCUUCUUGCUCGCCGUUGAAGACGUGUUUUCGAUCACCGGUCGUGGAACCGUCGCCACCGGCCGUGUUGAGAGGGGUACUAUUAGGGUCGGAGACACGGUUGAUAUUGUUGGUGUGAGGGAAACUAGGAACACCACUGUCACUGGGGUGGAGAUGUUUCAGAAGAUUCUAGAUGAGGCCAUGGCUGGUGAUAAUGUGGGUUUGUUACUUAGAGGUGUUCAGAAGACUGAUAUUCAGAGAGGGAUGGUUUUGGCUAAGCCUGGAACCAUUACUCCUCACACAAAGUUUUCAGCCAUUGUGUAUGUCUUGAAGAAGGAAGAGGGUGGCAGGCACUCUCCGUUUUUUGCCGGUUAUAGGCCUCAGUUUUACAUGAGGACUACGGAUGUUACUGGCAAAGUGACUGCCAUUAUGAAUGACAAGGAUGAGGAGUCCAAGAUGGUGAUGCCGGGAGACCGUGUUAAGAUGGUGGUUGAACUCAUUGUUCCUGUGGCUUGUGAACAGGGAAUGAGGUUUGCUAUUAGAGAAGGAGGCAAGACUGUUGGAGCUGGUGUUAUCCAAUCCAUCAUUGAGUGAGUUGUUGGGAGAUUGGCAUCCCAAAUACAUGACGCUUACCGGGCGAACAAAGUAUCUAUCGUUGGCUUGUGCAAUUGAAUUUUGCCAUUUUACACAACUAUAUCUGUUUUCUUUUGUUUUGUAGGUUUCUAGAUUAUGUUUAGUCAAGCUGGAUAAUGGUUUUCCAUUGCCUUGUUUGA